AUGUCGUAUCCAGUGGUAAAUAAAGGUGUACCGCUAUGGCUCGCUGUCGCUGAUUUUAACAACGAUGAUAACCUAGAUAUUGUUGUUAUCAAUAUUAACAGUAUUGUUUCAAAUACGGGCGUGUAUACUGUAGGUAUUUUAUUUGGAAAUAGUAAUAGAACUUUUGGAGCAAUGAAAAUAUUGCCAGUGGUAUUGUCAGCAGUAAUUUAUAGUACAGUAGUAUAUCUUCGCUGUAUUACGAGUGAUUUAAAUAACGAUGGUCACAUGGAUAUCGUUCUCACCAAGAAUAAUAACCCAUGUUCGAUCGCUAUAUUACUCGGAUAUGGGAACGGAACUUUUGCAGCCGAAAAGAUAAUCUUGAUUGGAAAUGAUGGAUGUCGUCUAUCAAUUGCUAUUGCAGAUUUUAACGACGACGAUCAUCAAGACAUCGCUAUAGUUUCAGAUAUUGACUACUAUGUAGCGCUUCUAGUUGGGCACGGCAAUGGAAGCUUUAAAGCAUCGAUGAUAUUCUCCACAGGAAUUUAUAGUUUUCCAUCGUCAAUAGAUGUAAAUGACUGCAACGAUGACGGUUAUCUAGACAUAGUCGUUGCAAACACAGGUAACUACAAUAUUGGUGUACUUUUCGGGAAGGGUGAUGGAACUUUUCGAACACAAAUAACAACUAUGACGGAACACACUAAUAUAGUAACCCAGAUUGUUGUCGGUGAUUUUAACGGUGAUGGUAAAAUGGACGUCGCUGGCGUCUGUGGAUUUGACAGCGCUAUACUUCUUUCUUCUAUACCAACAUUUGUAUUUGUAUUCGUUGGAUAUGGUAAUGGAAGUUUCGGACAACAAAUGAUAUUUUCGACCGAGCUUUUUUGGCCGGACUAUGUUAUUACCAAUGAUUUUAACGGCGACGGUCGAUUGGAUCUUGCUAUUACCAGCCAGUAUGACGGGAAUUUGAGUAUUCUAUUGAACACAUGUGCUUGUUGCGCGCUUGAGAUCUCAAAUCAAACAUAUUUAUCCACCAAUGAUUUUCCUGGAUGA